CAAGCCCCUGAGCAUUUCAAGCUUGCAGCUCCUCUCCUCUCAUUGCCAUCAGCCAGUCCACGCAUAAACUUCAAUAUUCCUAGGUGUCUCUAAAUUGCUCGCCAUGGCUCGUCCCCACCAACCCUAAUCCUUCCGUCGAUGCAUUUCCGCGCGCGAGCCGGCCAUUCCGCAGGGACAUUCCGUCGCGCAGAGCAUUUGGGAAAGUCUGGUUGUGCGGCGAUGGAGUAAGCGCGGCGAGAUGACGAUGGUGAUAAGCAGCACCGGCUGGCGCUCUUCGUCUUGGAGCUGCAUCUAAUCUAUGCGUCCGACUAGUCGCCUUCGCGCUCUUGGAACGGCGCACGCUGGCGGUUUGGGUUGAGCGCGAGUCUUAACGGCCGCGAGGCUCGGCGCGCAGUGUAUUCCAGUUUAGGCGGUGUACGUGUCUGGUUGUGGCGGGGCGGCCAUGGAGGGCGUGCUGCAGAGCGUGGAAGCGGCGUGCAACGACCUGCAGGUCCCUGAGAGGAGAGCAGCAGCGGAGGCAACGCUGCUGGAAUUGAGGAAAUCACCCCAUGCACUGCAAGCAUGCACGCACAUACUUGACAACUCGCGCAACCCAGUGGCGUGCUUCCAGGCUGCUGCAACCCUGCAGCAAGUGGUGCUGCGCGACUGGCCACGCAUCCCCACCGCCGACCACACCUCGCUGCACCGGUACUGCGUGGACCACAUAGUGGGGCGCGCAGCAGCCAGGGAGGAGGCGCAGGGGCAGGCGGGGGGAGGCGAUGCGUUUGUGGAGCACAAGAUGGUGGGCGUGCUCGCCGUGCUCGUCAAGCGGGCCUGGUUGGAUGUGGAUGACAACUACAAGUCGGAUCUCUUCUCCUCUCUCCGAGACCUGGCAUCAGGAUCGAGGGGACCUGCAGUGCAACGAGCGGCGUUCUCCCUGCUCGACGCCCUCGUGAGUGAGUUCAACCCUGGCAGUGCGACGCCUUUGGCCAUGCCAUCUGACUUCCACAACCGCUGCCGCAUCGACUUUCAGCGCCACUUCCUCAUGCCAGUGCUGAUGGUGUGUGUGGAUGCAGUGGCGGCACACAUGGCAGCAGUGAAGUCACAGGCUGAGGCUGCUCAAGCGCAGGGGCAGGGGCAGGGGCAGGCGCAGGCGCAGGGCGCGGUGGUGGUGUGGGCAGGCAGCAGCCAGGCAGUGGUGGCGGCAGCACUGAGUGUGCUCAUUGCUGUGCUCUCAUGGGACUUCACCGGCGGCAGUGCGCGCGCAUCUAAGAGUAAGGGCAGCGACGACGGCUCGCAGCCCACUGCACGCUCCUCCUCCGACAUGCACACCGUGCAGCCCCCGAACGAGUGGCUGCCUCUGCUGCUGUCGGCUGAGCUGCUGUCGCUGCUGGCGUCGGUGUACUCGUCCCUGCCGCACACGUGUGCGCCGGGGCUCGAUUGGCGGGAGGGGCCGCUGGCCGAACGCUCCCGACAGGUGGCCGUGCUGCUCUGCUCGCUGCACGGCCCCGCCCUCACUGCUGCCGACCAAUCCCUUGUGCGCAUGCACGUGGGUCGCCUGCUCGCUCUGCUGCUGCAGUGGCUCUCCCCGCUGCCCGCCACUGUCGCUGCUGUGGCCCAGGCUCGCAUCUCAGACAGGGAGCUGCUAGAUGUGUGUCGAGCGCUGGCAGCCCUCAUUCGCCUGCACCCUCUCCUUGCCACCACACCUGCCUCCACCCAACAUGCCAGCGCCAACAGCUCUGCCAAUGGUCCGUCGCCACCCCCCACGCUGCUGUCGUUGUUGGGCGAGCUCACGUGUUGCGUGUUGGCGCACGGCGCUGCCAGCGACGACGACUCCCUGGACGGUCCCAUGCCGCACGCCCUCGAUCUGCUGCUGGACACCUGGCUCGGCGUCCUCCUCACCCUGGAGUCUCGCAUCUCGUGCCACGUCAUCUCGCGGCCUGCGUCCACGUCACCUCAGCAGGCGGCAGCAGCUGCGGAGUGGUCGCACCUCAUGCACGCAGUGUCGCCCGUGGCAGCUCAGGCCUUCCGCUCCUUCACCCAACACCACCUGCAAGUGGCGGCGGCAUCAGCUCUAGAGGAGGAGGAUGCUGCAGACAACAUGGACGCUGCCCUGCAAGCCCAGGAGCAGCGCAUGGCAGCAGCGGCAUCGCUAGCCCGGGCGUCACUACAGGCAUCCCUUCCUCUGCUCAACGACCUGCUCACCCACCAGAAGGCGCUGCUGCUCCAGGCAGCAGAUGCAGCAGCAGCAGCAGCAGCAGCGGGGGGUGGUGGGGCGGGCGGGGGCGAGGUGGAGCGGGUGAUGGAGCAGGUGCAGUGGACGGUGCGCAUGGUGGGAUAUGUGCUGGCAGAUGAAGGCACGGGGGAGACGCCCGAGCUGCCAGUGUUCCUAGUGCACGAGCUCAACUCCCACCACGCGCACUCGCUCACUGCUCUCACCACGUCCCUGCCAAUGAGCAUACUGGAGGUGGCGUCUCUGGUGCUCAACCCAUCUGCUGUGGCAACGGUGCUGAGCCCCCGCCUCAUGGAGUCCUUCCUCUGGUUCUUCUCCCGCUGGUCGCUCACCUACCUCCUGCCCCAACCGCCCGACGCCAACCCCCCUCCGUUCGACCCUGACACUGACCCCCCACCUCUCUCCGCCUCGCUGCCCCCUGGAGACACCUCCCUCGCGUCAGCAGCAGCGGGCGGGGCGUUUGUGCAGGCGUUCGGGGCGGGGGAGGGGCAGGGGGGUCUGGCGGUGCUGGAGGGCGUGCUGAGGGCGGGCGUGGCGGCGCUCAGUGCGUGGCUGGGGGAGCCCGACGUGCAGAGCAGCGUGUGCCGCACAUUGCUGCUCGCCGUCACGCGCCGCCCCUACAUGGCUGCGUACCUCAGACAUCUGCCCCCAUGGGCGAUGCUAGAGGAGGCAUUCAAAACACGGGACUCUGCUGUCGCAUCUCUCCCUGGCCCUCUGCAGUGGCUAAUUUACCACAUGCACUCCGACUCAUCUUUCCCCGUCUCGUCCUCCCCUCCGUUCUCCUCUAUCCGCAGCGGUCGCUGGCACAUGUGCUGUGCCGUGCAGCCAGCAGCAGCAAGGAGGGCCACUCCUGCCAUCAGUGCAGUGGUGCAGCAGCUGCUGCAGCCGCUGCUGGCGUCGCUGCACGGCAUAACGUCCCGCCCUGACUUCCCCGCCACGGCGCACCGCCCGCAAGUCAUGUUCCAGGUGGUGGGGCUACUGGAGUGCAUGAGGGGGUGUGCGAGCGCCACUCUCCCGCACUCGCAGCGAGUGCUCUUCCAGUUUGGCCUCUCCGCUGCCACGCCCAUCCUCACAGCGCUCUCCGCCUACAGACACGAGCCCCAGGUGGUGUUUGUGAUUCUCAAGUUCAUGGCGGUGUGGGUGGAUUCGCAGAUUCUCUUCCUCAAUGCGGACGACACGGCGCAGCUCUUCCACUUCUGCCUGCAGCUGCUGCAAGCCUAUGCCGCCCACAACAUGGGCAAGGUGUCGCUGCAGCGGUCACGGCAGCUGAGGGAGGGCGUGCGGGAGAGCAAGUACAAGGACCUCAAGGCGCUGCUGCAGCUGCUCUCCUCCCUCACCUCCAAAGACCUGCUGGACUUUGGAGCAUCGUUACCAGGCCAAUCAGCUGACGUGGCACAGAUGGUGUGUCUGGGCGUGAACAUCAUCAUUCCGCUCAUCUCUCUCGACCUCCUUCAGUUCCCCAAGCUGUGCCUCCAGUACUUCACGCUGCUGGAGCACAUGUGCUGCGUGCACCCCGACAAGGUGCUGGCGCUGCCUGACUCCGCCUUCCACCCUAUCAUGCACACGCUCGAGUUCGCCCUGCAGCACCAGGACGAGGACAUUCUGGUGCUCGCCCUCUCCGCCGUCUCCUCCCUCGCAUCACCCCCCACCACCACCUCUUCCUCCUCCGCCUCCUCGGCGUCCCCUCACGCGCCCAUGGCACCCGAGCACGCUCAGCGCCAUCAGGCCCUCGUCGCCCAUCUCCUGCGCCUUGUGCUGCGCCUCGUGCUCCUGCAACCCCUCAGGAACGAGACGGUCGAAGCAGCAGCAGACGCACUCCUCCCUCUAAUUCUUUCCUGCCCUCAACUCACCCAGACCAUUCUAUCAGAGGCGGUUUCAUCCCAUGUGGACCCCGCAUGCCAGCACCACCUGUCCGCUGCAGUCACGGCAUUCCUCUCUGCAGCAUCAGCAGCAGCAGCAGCCAGUGCGUCGGCCUCCUCUGCUGCUGCUGCUCGUCCUGUUCGCCGUCGCUUCCGCUCCGCCCUCGCUGCCUUCAUUGCUGACGUGCAGGGUCUCAUAGUGCGCCGGUAACCAGCCAGGGCUCGCCAAUUCUCCGGUUACAACUGUACCGUGCCAUUCCGUGCUGCGCCAUGCUGCAAUGUUGCUGUGCUGCCACAUCCCUUCGUGACUUCUGGCGCAUUAUUAGCAGCCCAUAGGUUGGCUCGUUGCACUUUUGUAAGACGUGGAUGCAGGAUGCUGAAUUGGUGGCUCACUUCACAUGCAAACACAUUUGCAUUCAUGGUGCAUUUCCUGUUAUAUAA